UGGCACCGCCCGGCGCAGUCGGGUUCUCCUUGGGCGCCUGGAUCCUCGCCUCUGCUCCUCCGCCGCGCCCGGGACGGGCUGGUCGUCCGCAGCCAUGGAGGCUCUCGGGCCCGUGGAAGCCCGCAGUCCGCUCGAUUAGCGCCCCCGGCCCCAGUCGCCGUCGCCCCCGUCGCCGCCCGGGACGCGCGCCUGCAGCAUGGAGUCGCCCGCCUCCAACCAGCCCGCCGGCAUACCCCAGGCCAAAGCAAAACCCAAGCGGAAGAAAGACUUACGGAUCUCCUGUGUGUCCAAGCCACCUGCACCCAACCCCACACCCCCUCGGAACUUGGACUCUCGGACUUUCAUCACCAUUGGAGAUCGGAACUUUGAGGUAGAGGCCGAUGACCUGGUGACCAUCUCGGAGCUGGGCCGCGGCGCCUAUGGGGUGGUGGAGAAGGUGCGGCAUGCCCAGAGUGGCACCAUCAUGGCUGUGAAGCGGAUCCGGGCCACUGUGAACUCCCAGGAACAGAAGCGGCUGCUCAUGGACUUGGACAUCAACAUGCGCACUGUGGACUGUUUCUACACCGUCACGUUCUACGGGGCGCUCUUCAGAGAGGGAGAUGUGUGGAUCUGCAUGGAGCUCAUGGACACAUCGCUGGACAAGUUCUACCGCAAGGUGCUGGAGAAGAACAUGACGAUUCCAGAAGAUAUCCUGGGGGAGAUUGCCGUGUCUGUGGUACGGGCCCUGGAGCACCUACACAGCAAGCUAUCCGUAAUCCACAGAGACGUGAAGCCAUCCAACGUUCUCAUCAACAAGGAAGGCCACGUGAAGAUGUGUGACUUCGGCAUCAGCGGCUAUCUGGUGGACUCGGUGGCCAAGACGAUGGAUGCCGGCUGCAAGCCCUACAUGGCUCCUGAGAGAAUCAACCCCGAGUUGAACCAGAAGGGCUACAAUGUCAAAUCAGACGUCUGGAGUCUCGGCAUCACCAUGAUCGAGAUGGCCAUUCUACGUUUCCCUUAUGAGUCCUGGGGGACCCCGUUCCAGCAGCUGAAGCAAGUGGUGGAGGAGCCUUCUCCCCAGCUCCCGGCUGACCGCUUCUCCCCCGAGUUUGUGGACUUCACGGCACAGUGCCUGAGGAAGAACCCUGCAGAGCGCAUGAGCUACCUGGAGCUGAUGGAGCACCCCUUCUUCACCUUGCACAAAACUAAGAAGACGGAAAUCGCUGCCUUUGUGAAGGAGAUCUUGGGAGAGGACUCGUAGGGGCUGGGCCGGGAUCCUGCUGGGAUGCUGGG